AUGGAAUCGGGAAGAAUAUUAAAUAGUCAGUUGUCAGCAAGUUCAAGCCACGAUGAAGAAAGUACUGGCGCACAAAACUCGAGAAUAAGAAAAGAGACUGGAAGUGGUGCAUGGUGUCCCCAAAAUCAAGUUGAUAUGGAGACAAAAGAGUGGAUUCAAAUCGAUUUCACCGUUGAAAUGGUAAUUUCAGCUGUAGAAACUCAAGGACGUUUUGAUGGAGGUCGUGGCAUGGAAUAUGCACCUGCUUAUAUGAUCGAAUAUUGGAGGGAAAACCUAAAUAAUUGGGCUCGUUAUAAGAAUAAUAAACAUAGUGAGGUAAUAUUAGCAAAUACUGAUACGCGCUCAGCAGUAUUACGAAUUCUUGAUGGUGGCAUCAUUGUUAAAAAGAUAAGGAUUAUUCCUAUUUCAGAAAGCAAACGUACCGUAUGUAUGCGCCUUGAAUUAUAUGGAUGCAUAUUUAAAGACUUUCUUUUAUGGUACUCAAUCCCACAAGGCAGUAUCGCUGAUGGCUUAAAUAUGCAAGAUUUCUCAUACGACGGUUAUGCAAAUACGUCCGAUGUAUUGAUAGGAGGCUUGGGAAAGCUCUGUGAUGGUGUUGUUGGUGAAGAUAAUUUCGAAAAACAUCCCGAAAAUUGGAUCGGCUGGCAAAAAGAUAUCCAAGGUUCAUCAGUUACAAUGGAAUUUUGCUUUUCUGAACAGCGAAACAUUUCUUCGAUUUCUUUACAUGUAUCCAAUUUUUUUAAGCAUCAAGCACAAGUCUUUGAUUGGGCUCAUAUUUGGUUCUUUCCGCUUGGUAAUGAUAUAUAUUCUCCUCGCACCAUCCAUUAUAGUUAUCCUCGUGAUUCGAUAUUUGAAUCCGCCAGGUGGGUGAGAAUACCGAUAUCUGACCGCUUAGUCAAGAAAAUAAAGAUUUUUCUGAAGAUGGCUGCUGAAGCAAAAUGGCUACUCUUGAGCCAUGUACCAUUCGAUUUUGCACCUAAUAAUAAUUUAAUGAAUCAGAUUAUUGAGCCUCUAAACAGGGAUCCAUUGAUACACUUCUCGAUUAGCGACUCAGUUGAGAGCUAUGAUCGUUGGUAUUCCACUGUUUUUAUCAUCGCAAUCAUCGUACUAUCAUCGAUUAUGUCCAUUUUUGCAUAUAUUGCUUGCCAUUAUCAACGCUCUAAUUCCUUAAAAUCGUCUUUGUUUGAUGAAAAUACGAAAGAUGUACAGUUAAUGAUUGUACAAGGUGGCACCAUUAAGCGGGUUUCCCCAAGUGCAUAUCGCAUGACCGCGGAUAAUGUUGAAAAUUCAUUGCUUGAGAAGAUGCCAAUUUGUUGCGACUCUGGAAGUGAAUACGCUGAUCCAGAUUUAGCGAAGUUUACGGAUGGAACUUUUCUAAUAAAUCAUGCAUCAUCGAAUGCAAUGGCAAGCAGACAUUCCAUGCAUUAUGCUGCCAGUGAUAUUUUUAAAUGCAUACCAUCGUUAGAUCAAACAUCUAACGAAUUAAUCUUAAAAGCGAUCUCACGAUCUAAAUAUAUGGAAUAUGAUAAUGGCUGCAUUCCGGAUUUUCCGAAUUUCGUCGAAAUUCACCGCAAUAAUCUAAAAAUCAAGGAACUUCUUGGAAAAGGUGAAUUUGGAGAGGUCCAUCUUUGUCAAUUGGAAAAUCGAUUAGUAGCGAUGAAAACUUUGCGACCAAAUGCUGAUUUACAAGCUCAAGCUAAUUUUGAGAAAGAGAUUAGAAUAAUGAGUAGACUUAAACAUCAAAAUGUCGUAGAAGUUGUGGGUGUAUGUUCAGAAGGUGCAUCUCUUUGUUGUAUUGUAGAAUAUAUGCCAAAAGGUGAUCUCUGUCAGUACUUACAAAAACAGGCCACUGUUAGUGUUGAUAAUCUGCUGUCAAUAUGCACACAGAUAGCAGCCGGGAUGUCUUAUCUUGAGGCUCAAAAUUUCGUCCAUCGAGAUUUAGCUGCACGUAAUUGCCUCAUCGCAGAUGAUGGCACAGUGAAAAUCGCUGAUUUUGGUAUGGCUCGUCAACUUUACGAUUGUGAUUAUUAUAAGUAUGAAGGAUCAUUUCUACUUCCAAUACGUUGGAUGGCUUGGGAAUGCAUUUUAUUGGGAAAAUUUACCCACAAAAGUGACGUUUGGUCAUUUGGAGUGACCAUGUGGGAAAUAUUAAAUCUUUGCAGUGAACAACCGUUUGUUUACCUCGAUGACAAUGAAGUUAUCGAAAAUAUUCGAUACAUCUAUGAGCAUGGACAAUUAAAGAUAUAUCUCGAAAAGCCAAAAUAUUGUAGAAUUUCGUUUUUCCAAGAAUUAAUAAUGCCUUGUUGGAACAGAGAUGAUCGUUCGAGGCCGUCUUUCAGAUCAUUACAUAGGCGCUUACAAUAUACUAUUUGUUCAGAGCCAGAAAAUGAUUAUCAGAUGGCAAGUGAUUUUGCCUAG